CAAAUAUCAUGCAUUGAAAAGAUUGGACAUUAAAAAAGAAGCAGCGCAGUUUACGACUCUGAUUUUUGACGUUAAAUUUACAUUAAGUUGUUUUUGGCUGUAGUCAGCUUGUAUUAUUACUAGAUAUUUAAUCACGAACAGGUCUCAAUGUAUAUUCAUCUGAUUACUUCUGCUUGAUAAAUCAAAUAUAAAAGACAGCUGGUUUCAUUUCCUUUUGUAUUCCCAGAUUACUGUGCUGAGUUAGUAGAUUUCCUGACAAAGGUUACACUCAUUGACUAUUAGAGGAUCCACUAUAUGCCGAAGAAACUCGGGACAUGUCCGAAAUCAUUGGAGGCUCGAGAAAGACGAGCCGAAAAGAAGCGAGAAGAGCGAGAAAUCACACUAAAAAAGGCUGAGGAUGAGUAUUGGAGAGAUGAUGACAAGCAUUUGAAUAGAAAACAACAACGGAAAGAAGAAAAAGACUCAAAGCGUCUGGAGCAAUUAGAGAGAAAAAAGGAGAAAGAAAGGCUAUAUAAUGAUGAAAUUGCUGGUUUUAAGUCAUCUAAAUCCACAGUGACUAAGGAGCAACCGUCAAAACUUACACAAGCGCAAAUUGCAGAAGCUCAAAAGAAACUGGAGGCCCAGCUAUUAGCUUUAAACCAAACUACUCAGAAACCUGAGCCUGCAGAAUUGACUCCUAACCCAAACCGAAUUGAGAAGGAUGGUUUGGAAGCUCGUACCGUUGAAGAAGCUAUUACCAUACUAAGUGUUAAUGGUGAAGGUGAUGGGGAUCGACAUCCAGAGAAACGCUUAAAAGCUGCUUAUCAGGCAUUUGAAGAGCGUAUGAUGCCUCAGCUAAAGGCUGAAAAUCCAAACAUGCGACACUCACAGCUUAAACAGUUAGUAUUUAAAAUGUUUCAGACAUCACCAGAAAACCCUAAAAACCAACAUAAUUCAUGUUACAAUUCCAAAUAAGUUGAUGUAUAAAACUGCAUUAUGUUUUUUUCUUUAAAGUAGUUAUUUCGAGUUUGAGACCACCACUUAAGAGUUAUUUCAAUAUGUCAAACCAGGAUUAUUUUGAGCUUUAUCUUGUACUUAAAUUAUUAUUGGGGCUGAUUAGUUUGUAUGUGUGUAUAUGUACAUUUAAGCUUGUGUAACUUAAAUUUACCAGUAUUUGGCUAUUUUUUGUAUUAUAAUUCGAGAAACCAAUGAGAAUAAGCACGUACGUCUUAGUGA